UCUCCCACAUAUUCCACCAUUUUCUCUUCUUCCUUCAAGCUCACCCAUCUACUAAUUUCAAAACAAAUGGCUUCCGAUCGUAGUUGGAUGAAUCGUCGGUUUGAUGCGAGCAAGAGAAUAACGGAUGAAUAUAAAAUUGGUGUUGAAAAUUUCAUCAAAUUUGCUAGUGCAUGAACGGAUGAUUCAAAGGGGAGGAUAAGAUGUCCAUGUAACGAAUGUGGAAAUUAUUAUCUCAAGUUUCCCGAUAAUGUGACAUUGGAUUUGUAUCGGCACGGUAUUAUGCUGGGAUAUACAAUAUGGUACUAUCACGGGGAGAGUGAUAGGUCACGGGUUGACAUUGGAACAAGUUCUAGGAAUGUUGGUUGCAUGGAUGAUGAUUUUUAUGAUGCACGUGAAAUGCUUGGAGAUUUUGCAGAGGCAACAAGACAAUUCGAGAAUGAUGAAGAAGAACCGAAUGCAACUGCAAAGAACUUUUAUAAGAUGCUAGAUAGUGCUUCUGAACCAAUUUAUCAUGAUAAUACAAGAUUUACAACAUUAUCAUUUGUGAACAAGCUACUCCAAUUCAAACAUAAGCAUGGUUGUAGUAAUAGGGGUUUUGACGAGUUGCUUGAACUCAUUGGAUCUGUGUUGCCAAAUGGUCACAAGUUGCCCAUGAAAUACUACGAUGUGAAGAAAUUGGUAAGUGGGUUGAACAUGGGCUAUCAAAAGAUUGAUGCUUGUGUAAAUGAUUGUAUGUUGUUUUACAAAGAGGAUAGUGAGAAGAUAUAUUGUGAUAUAUGUAAUGAAAAUCGAUACAAGCCUCAAAAGGAUCAAAAGAAAAAGAUGAUCCCAAGAAAGAUUUUGAGAUACUUUCCUCUUGCAUUGAGACUACAACGAUUAUUCAUGUCCGAGAAGACUGCAAAGUGUAUGACGUGGCACCAUGAUAGAGUUACAGUUGAAGGUCAAGUAAGUCACCCGGCUGAUGGAGAUGAAUGGAAACAAUUUAAUCAAAGAUUUCCCAGAUUUGCCAAAGAAAUACGAAAUGUCAGAAUAGGCAUUGCUACUGAUGGUUUUGACCCCUUUCGUGAUGCACACGCAAGAGAAUAUACUGUGUGGCCUGUGAUUGAUGUUAUUUAUAAUCUUCCACCAUCCAUGUGCACGAAAGCUCCGUACAUGUUUAUGCCUCUUCUCAUUCCUGGACCGAAUGAUCCGGCAAAAGACUUCCAUGUGUAUCUCCGACCUUUAAUUGAUGAAUUAAAGUCCUUAUGGCAUACAGGGGUUGAAACAUAUGAUAGGGCAUCACGUUCAAAUUUCAUGAUGAGAGUAGCGUUAAUGUGGACAAUAAAUGACUUUCCAGCACUUGGUAUGAUUAGUGGAUGGUCCACUAAGGGCAAGUUGGCAUGUCCAGUUUGUAUUGGAGAAGUAAGAGCAAAACAACUCAAGUAUGGUGGUAAAUCUACAUUCUAUGGCACAGCUCGUUAA